GUUGCCGGACACGUGAUUCAUUCAGUAUGGCGGAGAUGUUGGCCGAAAGAUCUUUUACAGUACCGACGGGUCCUAAAACCCUGCGCCGUGGAUGCUCCUGGAGACCAGCCAUUUGCACCCUCGGGUGCUCUCAAUUCAGAGCCUAACUGGAAGGAAUCCUGCCACGACACACCGCUGAAGUCUCCACCUGUGGCUCCGGUGUGAUGAAGCCCUGAGAAACAACCGCUCUCUGUCCCUCCUCGGCCUGGCGCCUCCACCUGGCUGGCACCACCAACUUGGCCGGAAAAACACAUGGUGGUCAGAACAGCCUCCACGGAGGUGCACUGACACCGCUCACCCCCUCCUCCUCCCUCCCCAAUCACCUCCUCCCUGUCAAGUCUGCCUGGCAACGGCAACGAUGAGCUCUCACAGUCGCUCAGGUGGCUUGACCAGCAACGAGCAUCCCGUGGAACUUCUCAAACCGGCUGUACUCAAUCAUUUCGUGGACGUGAGCUCGGCAGUGCUGCCCAUGCAGGUGCCCCCCACCACAGCCAUCCUUCCAAUGGACCUGCGCGUAGUGGACCACCCCCACCACCAUCACCACCUCCACCACCACCAGCAGCAGCCCACCUUUGGCCUGGGUCCCCAACCCCACCCUACAGCGCCAGUCUCCGCUGCUUGCCCCGCGUCCUCCGAGCCAGGCCGCGGCUCAGUCAUUAAUCAGCCGGAGCAACAGCUGCAGCAGGAGUUGGUGACGCUCAAACACAAGCAGCAGCUCCAGCGGCAGCUCCUGAUCGCCGAGUUCCAGAGGCAGCACGAGCAGCUGUCGCGGCAGCAUGAAGUCCAGCUGCAGGAGCAUGUCAAGCACCAGCAGGAUUUACUGGCGCUCAAGCACCAACAGGAGCUGUUGGAGCACCAGAGGAAGAUGGAGCAGCAGCGUCUGGAGCAGGAGAUGGAGAAGCAGCAGCGGGAACACAAACUCCUGCAGCUCAAAAACAAGGAGAGGGGGCAGGAGAGUGCAGUCGCCAGCACAGAGGUUAAGAUGCGACUUCAGGAGUUUGUCCUGAACAAGAAGAAAGCGCUGGCUCAGCGAAGCAUUAACCACUGUCUGCCCAGCGACCCACGCUUUUGGUAUGGAAAAACCCAGCACAGCUCUUUGGACCAGAGCUCUCCUCCCCAAACAGCAUUGUCAGCGUACACCCACCCGAUGCUGGGCACAUACGACUCAAAAGACGACUUCCCUCUCCGAAAAACAGCCUCAGAGCCCAACCUGAAGCUUCGUUCCCGGCUAAAGCAGAAGGUGACGGAGCGCCGCAGCAGCCCUCUUCUCCGCAGGAAAGAUGGCCCCAUCACUACCGCCAAGAAGCGUUCCCUAGACAUGGCUGAGUCCGCAUGCAACAGCGCACCGGGCUCAGGUCCCAGCUCCCCCAACAACAGCUCCAGUAACAUCCCCAGUGAGAACGGGGUCACCAUCUCCAGCAGCCCAGGAGAGGCCUCCCUGCUUCAGAGGUUGGCUGCAAGGGAGGGUUCAGUCAGCCAGCUGUCUCUCUACACUUCCCCUUCACUGCCCAACAUCACCCUGGGACUGCCAGCCACAGGGCCGGCCAGCGCUAUGGUGUCAGGACACCAAGAUGGUGAGAGUCGUCUGGCGUUACCCGCGCUACAGGGGAUUCCUCUGACCCCCCCAUUCCUGCCCACGGCCCACCUGCCCUCCUACUUGGCGUCUUCGGCUCUGGACAGGGACGGGGCCGGAGGGGGCCCGGCUGGUCACAACCCCCUUCUCCAACACAUGGUGCUACUAGAGCAGAGCCACAAUCCAAUGGUUGGUCUGGCUGGCCUCCCGCUGUCAUCACCCUCCGUCUCCAAACUUGCUCGCGGCCACCGUCCCCUUGGGAGAACCCAGUCGGCCCCUCUGCCCCAGCAGCAGUGUGGACAGGCCCAGGCCCUGCAGCAGCUGGUGGUCCAGCAGCAACACCAGCAGUUCCUGGAGAAACACAAACAACAGUUCCAGCAGCAGCAGCACAUCAUCAACAAGAUCAUGUCCAAGCCCGGUGAUCAGGUCUCAGCAGCGGGCUCCAGCGCCUCGGGGCCGGCCAGGCAGCACCAGAGUCACCCGGAGGAGACGGAGGAGGAACUCAGGGAGCACCAGGGGCUCUCCCUUUCAUGCUCGUCGUCGUCCGCCCAGGAGACGGGGCUUCUGCGCGGGCUGGUCAUCAAGCAGGAGCCCCCAGACCCCCAGGAGCAGCAGGAGGAGAGAGAGAAGAGACAAGUCGAGCAGGAGUUUCUGUUCCGACAGCAGGCUCUGCUGUUAGAGCAGCAGCGGAUCCACCAGCUGAGGAACUACCAAGCCUCCAUGGAAGCAGCCGGGUUAUUGGUCAGCUUCGCUGGACACCGUCCCCUCUCCAGGGCUCAGUCGUCCCCGGCCUCGGCCUCCUUCCCCAUGGUAGUUCAGGAGCCGCCCGUCAAGCCCCGAUUCACAACAGGUCUGGUGUAUGACUCUUUGAUGCAGAAGCACCAGUGCAUGUGCGGAAACACCACCAGCCACCCAGAGCACGCUGGCCGCAUCCAGAGUAUCUGGUCCCGACUACAGGAAACGGGCCUCAGGGCUCACUGCGAGUGUAUCCGCGGCAGGAAGGCCUCGCUGGAGGAGUUACAGACGGUCCACUCCGAAGCCCACGUCCUGCUCUACGGAACCAACCCGCUGCGGCAGAAACUGGACUGUUCAGUGAGCCCCAUGUUUGUGAGGUUACCGUGCGGAGGCAUCGGGGUGGACAACGACACCAUUUGGAACGAGGUCCAUUCAUCCAGCGCGGCUCGUCUGGCCGUCGGCUCGGUGGUGGAGCUGGUCUUCAAAGUAGCCUCGGGAGAACUGAAGAAUGGUUUUGCUGUAGUCCGACCACCUGGACACCACGCUGAGGAGAGCACGCCGAUGGGCUUCUGUUACUUCAACUCAGUCGCCAUAGCAGCCAAGCUGCUGCAGCAGAGACUCAAUGUCAGUAAAGUCCUCAUCGUGGACUGGGAUGUUCACCAUGGCAAUGGCACCCAGCAGGCCUUCUACGCAGACCCCAGCAUUCUCUACCUGUCGCUGCAUCGCUACGAUGACGGGAAUUUCUUCCCCGGCAGUGGAGCGCCUGACGAGGUGGGCAGUGGGGCAGGCGAGGGCUUCAAUGUGAACAUGGCCUUUACUGGAGGACUGGAACCUCCCAUGAGCGAUGCAGAGUACCUGGCUGCAUUUAGAACGGUGGUUAUGCCUAUUGCCAACGAGUUUGCCCCAGACGUGGUUCUGGUAUCUUCGGGCUUUGAUGCGGUCGACGGACAUGCUCCACCCCUGGGUGGAUACAAGCUGACAGCCAAAUGCUUUGGCUACCUGACCAGGCAGCUGAUGGGUCUGGCAGGCGGCCGGUUGGUGCUUGCCCUGGAGGGAGGUCACGACCUCACGGCCAUAUGUGAUGCCUCUGAAGCCUGCGUCUCUGCUCUGCUUGGCAAUGAGUUGGACCCCAUUCCUGACGAGGUGCUGCAACAGAUACCGAAUGCCAACGCUGUCCACUCGAUGGAGAAAGUUCUUGAAAUACACAGUAAAUACUGGCGCUCGCUGCAGCGCUCCGCCUCCACCCUCGGCUGCUCGUUGAGCGAAGCCCUUCGGCGUGACGCAGAGGAGGCUGAGACCGUCUCCGCCAUGGCCUCGUUGUCCGUCGCCAACAAGCUUGUUGGAAAGAGGGCUGAAGAGGAACCCAUGGAAGAGGAAGCUACCAUGUAAAGAAACAUCACCUUUCAGUCUUCAUCUUUGACAGUGUCCUCACCCAGUCGGUGUCAAUGUAAAUGCCACUCCCGUGUCUCACCCCUGCCACCCCCCCAGUCGGCGUGUUGUUGCGGGUGAGAACGAGCAGAGCUGGUGAACGUGGCGCUCGGAGGCAAAACGGAACACUGAAGACGAGCGCCGCGUCCGCUGAUCAGCAGUGCACAGACUGAUCAGCGUACAUGCGUUGCAUCGUCUCUUCAAGACCUUGGAUGUAAGAGGACCGACUCCACCGUACCACAAUGACAACCUCGAGUGCCAGUGCUUUUAAAACACUAGACAUUAUGUACUUUUUGAAUGCCAGUCGGAGAACGAUCCGUCGUCAUCUACUUUUACUAAUUGUUCUGUUCUUUCUGCGCUUGAUCGUCACCUUCUCACUUCUCAUCAAAAAACCACCGGAGCUCUUGUGAUUGUGACUCCUCGUGGAUGAAUCAUCUCUGCUAUUUUAAGAUUUCCGGACAAAUGGAACAAAGUGGUAGAAUUUCUUACAGGUGGUUGAAGAUGAGAUGAGAAAUGUCGGCGGGUUUUCUGAUUCCAAAAUGACUGACAGUGAAAGACUGUGCGUCCGUGCCUUUUUUAAAUUUUUUAAACCUGGUGGAUUUUCUGUUGAACUCUACUGAAAGAGCUUUGCCUUAAAAAAACAGGUUUUGGAACGAGGCCUCUUCUCCCGGACCCCUUAAAUAUUUCUAUACUGGCAAGACAUUCAAUGCCUGCAUGUUGUUGGCACAUAGACUGGAGUACCUUGGCAUGUUAACCUAUAAUUCCCUGCAAGCAGCCUGCUGUCUUUCCCUGUACCUCCAUCUUUCCUUGUUUGCCUACAUUAUUUUAGAAGGUUUAGUUCCCAGCCACAAGUUGGAGGUGGUUCAGUUUCAAAGGAAGUUCCAGUUUUGAUUCGUAUUACUCAGUGGAACCAUGUAUCAGAUCCGGUCCCCGUAGCCAGAGGGAACGUCUUGGAGGACCGGCUGCACCUUAGAUACAUGUUGUGACAACCCCCUACCCAGAGGAACAGAGGGGAAUAACCGUUAACUCAUAUGGGCCAAUGUGUUGAAGCGGCCAUCGCUUUAAGACAACUGUGUUUCUGUGGUAACAACGACAAAACCACCUGGGAUAUUCCAGACUUGUUCCAGGGCUGCACGGGCUCUCACAGCUGGUUCAACAUCUGUAGUCCCGACACAUCUGCUCUCCAAAUGUCAAGUGCUGUGAGGCAGGUGUGUGUACAUCUGUUCAUAUACAGUGGAGCACAAGCUGCUCUUUGUAAACAUUCUCCUGGAGAUGCAUAUUUUUAUAGUUCUUUAUUUAAUUUGUUUUAUUAAUCUUCCAUUUCUCUUGACCAGUGACCCAGCCAGUGGGAUACGCCCAUGCACAAUGAUUACACGUGCAACUUUGAAGAGCACAUGUAGCUCAGAUUCUGCUCUGGAUGCUGAAUCCUCCCAACAUGUUCUCAAAUCUAUAAACAAUAUCAAUAUUG